AUGCAAUCUGUUCCAGAUCAAAUCAUCAUUGCUUGUAAAGAGAUGGGCUAUGGAGAAAUGAAUAUUAGGAAGUGCUGGGAUUUGGCAAAAGGAGAUUAAGUUAAAUUUGAGACGUAUCUAUGGGAAGGCUACGUGGAACCUCCUGUUUAAAAAGAUGAUAAUCUUAAUGUAAACAUCACAAAUUAUCUAAAGAAGAACGGCUUGUUAUAAACAAAUUAUUUUCAAUAAAUAUAAAAAGACUCUCUUUAGGAGCAUAAACUAUACUAACGAACUUCGAGAUUGAGAGGAAAAGACUAGUAUGUUGGAUUGGCUAAUAUAGGCAAUACUUGUUCAAUAAAUUCGAUCUUAUAAUAUUGUCAUCAAAUCCCUUAGUUAUUUAAACUUUCGAUUGAGUGCUAGAAUGGUGAAAAGGAUAUGUAUCAUAAAUUCAUCUUGAAUAUGCAAAGUUUAUUCCUAUAACUCAUAGCUUCUAAUUUAGAAUAUGUCAAUCCAUAAUAAGCCUUAAAUACCAUGUGUUGGGAUGCUCAAGAAUAACAAUACAUCGGAGUUUAAUAGGACAUUGUAGAAAUCUUUAAUUUAAUUUUAAACAAAUUUGAUAAAUCGAUUCGUAGAUUACAUCUAUAGAAUCUAAUGGCUACCAAUGUUUAAAGAGUGGAAUUGUUCGGGAAUCAACAAAUGAAUGAACUUUUUUAAAUAGUUUUUAUGAAUGAUAACAAUCAGAAGGAAUAUCAUCCUAAUCUAGUUGCAACAUUGAAUCACAAGAAUAUUAGAACAUUUUUAUUAAAAGAAUUCGCGAAUAAAAUCUUAGAGUUGCCUAAAUUUUUAAGAAUUUCUGUUAAUAGAAUUAAUUUCAGAAAUAGAGCAAUUGUAAAGUCAAACGAUGAAUUCAUUAUAGACAACUUAUUGAAUCUUGAAAUUUGCAUGUACAAUAAUAACAAUGCAAAUAAAAAGGAAUAAAUCUCCAUUUUACAAAAUUAGAUUAAUGAGUUAUAAAAAGAUAUCUAAAAAUUUAGAUAAUAACACUCAUGUCUUGUAGGUGUACUUAAAAUAUACGAAGAUGAGGGUAUAUUUUGGGAUCUUAUAGUGUACUUAAAAAAAAAGAUAGAUGGACUUUUGAGUUAAAUAAAAAUCAAAGAGGAACAAUAUAAGUAACAAUCAUCGAUUAUUAAUUAAUAAUAAUCUUCAAGUAAAUUUCAAUAUAGGAUCCAUUCAAUUGUUGUUCAUUUUGGAUCUGCUUGGGAAGGACACAAUUAUAUUUACAUAUAUAACUUUUUCUUAGAAAAAUGGAUGAAAUACAAUGACAUUAGUGUUAAUUUAGUGUCAGAACACUAAGUACAAAACGAUUCAAAAACAUAUGGCCAAUUAGUUACUUAUGUGGAUCAAGAAAUGAUUCCUCAACUUAAAGCUCACUAUUAGUUUAUAUAAAAUGUUGGAAAUACUGUUGUGUAGCAACCUAAUAGAGAUCUAACAAAAAUGGCUGAACUAAGUUAUAUACCCUAAAACAUACUUGCCUCUGUGACAGAGAAAAAUCGACAGAACUUAGGCAAUUAGUGUAGGUGA